GGGGCAGCGCUGCCGCUGCCUCCGCUGCCGCUGGCUCUGGGCCGAGGGUCACUCAGCCAACGCCGCUAUCUUGUCGCCUGGCUCCAGCCAGUCCUGAAUGCCACGGGUCCCUGGGAGCCUGAUGUCAGUCCUAUUUUCGAGAGACUCCUGUGUGUCUACUGCCUCAAAAAGAUGUUGGUCCUCCUGAUCGAAAGGGGCACAAGACUCCCUGAGUGGUAUUUGCUCAAGCAGAGGUCAACCUUUCAGAAAGCAAACCCCACACAAGGACCGUUCAUCCCAGCUGUGUUCUCUUGACACCAAGCAGAUGAAGCUUUCCACCGGCAUCAUUCUCUGCCUCCUGGUCCUGGGAGUGAACAGCCAAGGAUGGUACCAGUUCAUGAAAGAAGCUGGUCAAGGGGCUAGAGACAUGUGGCACGCAUACUCAGACAUGAAAGAGGCCAACUGGAAGAACUCAGACAAAUAUUUCCAUGCUCGGGGGAACUACGAUGCUGCCCAAAGGGGGCCUGGGGGAGUCUGGGCAGCUGAAAAGAUCAGUAAUGCCAGAGAGGCUAUUCAGAAAUUUACAGGCCAUGGAGCUGAGGACUCAAGAGCCGACCAGUUUGCCAACAAAUGGGGCCGGAAUGGCAAAGACCCCAAUUACUUCCGACCCAAAGGUCUGCCCAAGAAAUAUUGAUCCUCUCUUCAUUAUGUCCCAGGAAAGCCAGCUGUGAUGCCCUGAUGACAGGGACAAUUAUUAUCUCAGUGCUUGAUAGAGAACAUAUAAGAGUGUGGAAUAAAUGCUUGCAAAAUCCAA